GUUUUCACAUAAAGCGACUGCUUUCAUCUGGCCCAAUAUCUUCCCUCAUCCGGCUACACUGUGACCAAAGCCUUCUCAUCAAACUUUUUGGAUAGGAUACCUCGUUCUUUCAGACGUGUUAUAAGAUUACCCAACACUUUGCAACCACUCGUUGACCAUCAAACCAUGUUAUCCAACUCGAUCGUCAGAAAGCUUGGAGGUCUCAUGGCCAUCGCGCUCCUUCUGAUUGCCUUCGUUCCCUGUGAAGGUUUGUUUAUACGUCGAACACAGAGUGGAGCUAUUCCAGAAAGUGGCACCGAACCCGCCGCCACAACUAGCACUACAACUGUCACGACAACUGGCACAACACCUGGCAUGACACCUGGCACCGAAAGUAGCUCACCGACAGGCGCGGAUAAGGCAGUUUGUCAUGGUAAAGACCUCGUCGGACACCUCAACUCGGAUGGCGCGUUUUAUCUCCCAACAGAAAACUCGACAGAUGGCAAAGGCAGCUGCUCCUGUGGCCCACUCACUUCUGAAGGCGGUGCGCAACUUUUACGCUGUGCAGACAAUCCUACCAACUUCCCACCCGCGACGGGGACUACAAGUUACGAAUGCUCCACGACUUCCGAUUGUCCUGCGUAGACGUGAAUACCAAGCACAUCAGUCAUCCAACAUACUUACGAGUUCGACUAGCUUUAAUGUUCCUUCUUCGGCCGCUUGUUUGAAUCUUCGCCCAGCCCACUUUACAGCGCCAUACCUGGUGAAAAUGUCAUAGGCCUCUUACUCGCUGAAGAUGAUGAUAAAGAUUCUGGAGAGUCAUUGUAAGAUCUAUAUCAAUGUAUAAUAGUUAUGAGCUGCUUGAGAUCCUACUCAAAGCCAAUUGUCUCAAGUGAUGGAUGAACCGCUAUACUUCAAGUCCGAUAUUCGUUUGCGGAUGAGAUCGAAGAUGAGGGAAAGGUGUGAGCUAUGUAGUAAACUUGAUGGGUUGCAUUGAAUUU